AUUCUGGGUAAAAGUGCAUCCUUAGGCAGCAAAGUUUUUCUCUUAUUUAAACACCAAACGUUCAGCAAAGAAAAUACACAUUUCCUACUCUUUAUUAUCAUUGUCUCCUUGACUCAGUUCAGCUAUUGAGAGUAUACUGAAACUCAUUACUGCUUUCUCUUCUCAUGGAUUUUCUCAAGUCGAAAACGAAAUCGUCGUCUUCGUCGCAAGAAAAGAAGACCAAGAAAAAACCACAAACAACAACAGCCCAGCAACAAGAAGCAGGAAGUGGAGGAAAGUUUCUUGGAGUAAGAAGGCGGCCAUGGGGAAGGUAUGCAGCAGAAAUUAGAGACCCGUCAACUAAAGAGAGGCAUUGGCUUGGAACGUUUGAUACUGCAGAGGAAGCUGCCUUGGCCUACGAUAGAGCUGCUCGGUCCAUGAGAGGUUCUCGAGCUCGAACCAAUUUCGUAUAUUCCGACAUGCCACCUGGCUCUUCCGUCACUUCUAUCAUUUCCCCUGAUGAUCAAACAGCGGUCAAUGCUGAUAUCAAUAAACCUUCUAAAUCUCUCUAUCAAAUUCCACCAUCCCAACAACAGAAAGUUGACUCCAAUUCUCAUGCUGGAGGCAGCAAUUUGUGCAACUUUUCCGGUGGAUAUUCUGCUGGAGAUUCAUGGAUUUCGGCGUCAUCUUCCUCUCAGCAACAACAGCCAAUGACUGCUACUACAGUUGAUUGUGGUGAUAGUUUUGGGUCGUCUUAUAACUCCUCUAAUCAGUACUACUACGACGGAACAGACCUUCCUCCUUUACCUACCUCUGACAUUUCAGGUUCUUUUGGUUGUACAAACAAUUCUUCUGCUUACGAUAUGGCUCAGGGGAUUUGGUCAUCUGACACCAGUUAUAAUUUUGGGUAUCCAGAACAGACUACAAGUGGAUUUGAAACGGUGUCAAGUGGGUCUUGUUUGGGUUUUGACACCGGGGAGUAUGUGCAUAGCCCGAUGUUUGGCAGAAUGCCGUCUGUUUCAGAUGCAUUCCCAGGAGUCGCCGAUGGUUUUGAAUUGGGUUCUUCAGCUUACUUCUUUUAAAAAGAUUGUAUCCUUUCUCUCUUUUUUUAGGGGUCAGUGUUUUCUCUAUGGGUCACGGUUGAUGAUGAUGUGUUUAUAAUCUUGCCUGGAAUCAGAUCAAUCGAUCAGUUUGAGUUUCUACCGAAUCAGGAAUAUAUUUCAUAUUUUUCACUGUUA